GAGGAUUAAACAGCAUCUAAGCAUACAGUCAUAACCUGAGAGAUUUAACCCAGAAGGCGUGUUUUUAUCCCUCAUCACAAACAUCACUGAAGCUUCUCAAUAGGAGUGGUGUCUUCUUUUUAAAGCUUAAGAGACUCUCAGGUUCAAGACCCCCCAUCAUCAACCCCACCCUCAUGAUGCCCACCUGCCCCCAGGCAAAACUCAGGGCAAGCUACCCCAGCUGUUCAAAAACCCAACAACAUAUGUAGAUCCACCAUUCUUCAAUGAAUCAUCUUGCUGCUAUAAAAGGAGGAAGACCAACCCUUCUCACAAGGUGUGUCUGCAUGCUUACUCAUCUGGAUGCCAUCUUUGUUUUAUCAAGGAGCCUGAUACAACACCAUGUGCUGUGAGCUACAGCAGCAGAAGAUAACCUCGAUGUUAAAAAUGGCUAAUUAGCUGACUUUCAUUUCUUAGGGCUUGGGGGGAAGGUUGAUGUUGAUUCAAAGUUUUCAGUUUAGCUGGGUGUUAAUAGACAAUAAAAGGAAAAAACAUAUUCCAACAACAAAAACACUAAAUAUCCACCUGCCACUUGAUGGUAAUAGUUAUGUAUAGGGCCAUUCCGAUUUAUCGGGGAGCCUAUUAAAUCGGCCAAUUUUCGCUUGUUAGAGACUAAGCGGUAAUCGGCCAAAACUUGCAGAUUGUCGUCGAUAUUUUCAGAAAUUAAAUGCGGAGAAGAUUCGGUUUCACUUCGAAAAUGUUCCACCAUUUGAAAAGAUCCCCCGACUUAUCCUGUAGAUGGCGCAGCGACCUCAUGACAAUCUUCAUCCACUAACUACCUCACAGCACAGCAGAGUGACGGAUCUGAAGCAGGCAGCGGCGGGAACACACGGAGGAGAGUGGUCCGCCCCAAUGGUAAAUAAACCAGUUUGUGAAAUACAAAAUAAGUCAACAAGUUUCAGUUCCACCCACUUCACGAUGUUCCCCGCUGUGCUGGUCUCGGUCAUGCCGAGUUAACGGUGAAGCACCAUGCAAGCUAAAGUUAAAGUUAGCCAUCUGCUAUUAGCCUUGCUACACUGUUAGCCGUGCCAGUAACGGUAAAAUAAACAACAGUACACAUUAUGUGAUCGAGCAACUUCUCCUACUGAGGCAGCUGCAUGUCUCCAGAAAUGAGUAACGCGAGUUAAGACGCAGAGGUACCGAUUGGCGGGAGAGGGGGCAGUUGAAAACAUUUUUCUGGUCUGAGAUUGAUUCAUGAUAUAUACGUGGAAUAUUAGUAAGAUGAUCAGUUGGUCUUCAUGUCGGCGUGAAGAGCAGUAGCCUACAGUGUAUUGAGUGUUCCUCAUUUUUAUGAUGUAUGUGAGUUAGCUUUAUUUUUAUUUAUUUAUAUAGGCUCUUUAUUUUAGAGGAUGACGAGUGUGUGAGUUUGACAAGACGAAGGAUGACAAAAUAAUCAGACUCACACCUGCUACAGUCUGAAUAAUAAGCUGAAAAGAAUUAGUUUCUCAUCUUAAUUACAGUUAAAAAAUAAAUAGCCAGGGGAUGUUUUAGAAAUAAAAAGGAUUUGAAAUAAGUUUUCUGUCUUUAAUUCUUUGAAGAAGUGUUUGAAAGACUCAAAAGCAGCCAAAAAAAUAAGUAAAUAAGUAGAUAUAUGACUUAAAUUAACAAAAUUUUAGAACUUCAUUAAAAUCGGCUGAUUAAUAGGUAAUCGGAUUUAUUCCCCUGCUAAUAUUCAGUAUCGGCAUCGGCCCCUAAAAAAUCCAUAUCGGUCGGGCCCUAGUUUUGUAGGUAGCUUAUACAGGUUGAGGGCGCGGUCAGCUGCUGUUGACCAAUCGUGCUCCCUAUCAAACUAACAGCAGCGCUGCCAUGGAGGAUUAAACAACAUCUAAGCAUAUAACCUGAGAGCUUUAACCCAGAAGGUGUGUUUUUAUUCCUGAUCACAAACAUCACAGAAGAAGAAAAAGCUUCUCAGUAGGAGUGGUGUCUUCUUUUAAAACUGAGAGACUCUCAGGUUUAAGACCGCCAUCUUCAACCCCACCCUCAUAAUGCCCACCUGCCUCCAGGCAUAAAAGCAAUACAGUAAAGGACAGGUAUGGAAACUACAGAACAUUAUCCAACAACAAAAACACUAAAUAUCCACCUGCCUUCAGUCUGCGCACAUAGAUAAGGAUUUUUUUUGGCAGAGCCUCACAUAAACUGCUUUUCAUAAUGGCCCCUAGAGUUUGAAAGAGAUGCUUGGACUUUUAGCGGUUUAAUUGUGCAUGCAGUCAAUGCUCUGUACGCCUGGUAUAAAUUUGACAGAAAUAAGUGCUUUAAGUUAAGAGACAGCUAAAAUUGAAAAAUGUUGGCCAACCUUUUUUUAUUUUUGUAAUGUAAGCUCAUACUCUCACUUAUUCAUGAAGCAAGUAAAGGCUGUUUACUUCAGAUAUCAAGCACAUUACAAUCACAAAAACGAUAGUACGCCAAGAAGUAAACAGCAAAUAUGACAUUCAAAAUACAAUAAAAGGGGAUUUUUUCUUUAGAACAAAAAUACACCAGACCCAUUUAAACAACUUAAGAUGAACCUGUGAGAGUUCAUGCGGAAAGAGACACACAGAAGCAUUUAGUCUUGAACCAACUUGAACCAUACCUCACAUGCUAGAAAACACUGAUUUACAUUCACUGCAAAUACACAGGCUGUGGUAGAGACGGCUGUUUGUAUGUGAGUCACUGUGAACUCAGUGUAAAAUAUUUGACUUAUCAGUGACAGCUGGCUCACCCCGUACAGACCUGUAAAAGCCCGUAAAGGUGAAACGGUGUGGGUCCAGGUCUUUCAUGCAGUAGAGAUAAAAUCAUAGCAAUCUGGAAUCUGAGGAUGACGUAUGAAUAAUGUAUGUUCUGAAAUGUUUUUGCCUGAGAAACAAUUCAGCCUGAGUGAGCAGAUGGGGUUGAAUACUUUUACAGCUACGUUUCAAAAUCUUCACUGCUAUAAAUCAACGCUAUGUGUAUAAUUUAACACCUUUGGGAAUUAAGGAAGUAAUGUGUAAGGAAGGGGCACUUUGUUUGAUUUUCUAUGCACUAUAUAAACAAAUAUAUCUAUAAUUUAUUGAGGCCAAAUGGAAAUAUUUUUUUAAAAACUUGGUAGUAAAAGAUAGUUUUUUUUCUCUUUUUCUCUGUAAAGUCCAGAAGUACAUGAUUAGUAAAAGUACUGCAUGCAAAACCAUAGUAGUUGAGAAAUUCAGUAAACCAAUGCCAUUAUCUGUGGAAAAAUCCUGCUAAACAAUUAUAUCAGUUCACAUUAACCUGCAAAAGACAGAGCAGAGACAGGGCAGUGAAAUUUGAACUACAGCCUCAUUAACAGGCUUGAUUAUCUCAAAACUUCUCUGGAGAGCAAAGUUCUUCACAUUUUCCAAGAGAAAUGCCCUUGGAUCAUUGCUGAUGUAAAGGCCAAUAGUCACAUCAGUACAGCAACCAGGUGGAAACUUUUGAUGUUUAAUAUUAUGCUUUAUACUUUUAAUACCAAGCAUUAACUAUGAGUUUGUGUAAGUUUUCCUGAACUCUAGGUCUGUGGUAAGAUAUUUUGCCCGUAACCUUUGGGAGAUAAUAACCAAUCAAGUCUGUGAGUGGAAAAUACUAACAACCACCAUAUCAGGUUUCAGCAUCUGACCGAAUCAAGUAAUAAUAAGGAGAUCAUAUUGAAGAUGUACCCUCCUCAUAAGCCAUCAGCUAACAUAAGGUAACAACUUAGCCUUUCUGGGGCCUCUGGUGAAGAUGGCUUGGUGAUAAAAGACAUAUGGCUACAGCCUUUUUUUCUGUGCAUUGCUCGAUUAGUUACUCGAGGAGCAAGAAUGGAGUAGAGAGACAAUGUUUAGGAGCAGAUUGUUAGCUGCCCUAUAAUGCAGAUGUCUGCUUUGUGGAAAUGUUUAAAUGGUUCAAAAAAGCUGGUAUCCUGCGUUAGUAUAGCUGUAACUCAGACGCACAUGCGCUAUUAUACAUGCGAAAUAUCUCCAUAAACCGGCUGAGGUUUUGUUGAUUAGAAAAGUAUUUUUUAUUCCAAACAAUGCACAAUGAUAUAUGAACAUUAAAUCUUCUUCCUCAGCCAUUUUGCCACAGAGACAGUCUCAGUUAUUUCUGGCCAUCUGUCUCCUUAUUUCAUGCCAUGCUAGCAGCAUCUGAGAAAGGAAAUGUCAGUCUGAGGGUCUGUGGGUUCACCAUUUUUGCCCAGACGGAAAUGUUCUGCAACAAACGGGGGUUUGUAUGAAAUUUUUAGGCACACAUCCAUGGUCCCUGGAGGACAAAGAAGACUAAAAAAUACAGUAUGUGCUGAAUUUGUCCUCUAAUGCUGCAACCAGGCUAACACUUGUGUUUUAUUAACAGCUUAGGAUGGCCACACAUUUUUCUACAGUCGAUCUCGUUUUGUAGGGGAUCGCUUCAAUUAGUUUAAUUCCCUGAAUUUUCCUAAUGAACCAUGAUGUCAACCUGCUGGUUUAACACUGCGGCUUUGGACUGGACUUUUUGGCUGUUGCAAUGUUGCUUUUUGUUUGGACAUAGUCAAACAUAUUUAGAUAAGAAGAUGGGGAUAUGAGAGGAGAAAGGGGUUGGCAGAUGCUAGGUUAUCAGAGUCAUUCAGUCUUUGCCCAAGGCUAGUUCGUUAGCAGUGUGUCUUCAGGCUGCAAGAACGGGUUGUAACGGUUAACAAUCAUCUUUGUUUUAUCGCUCUAUUAACUUUUAAUUAAACAAUGAGCCUUCAUUAUUGAAAAUAUCAAUCUAUCUAUUGUAACUGGUUGUAUUUCUGGGAUUAAUGUGAUGAGAGAACAGGUUGGCUGAAGGCUGAUCUAUAAUGCUGAUAUUGCAAUGUUUCUCAUUGUUGUUUUUAAAUUGCAAGAAUAAAAGUGUUGAGCCAACAUUUCAAUAAAUCAGAAAAGGAUCACAUUUGGCUCAGUAAAAUUUGGCCACAAGGGACUUGAGGAUUUCGAUCCUGCCAUCUUAAAUUAUUCAAAAAGUACAAAAUGUGAGUUAAAUAUUGUGGUUGAAAUGAAAAAAAUAAUGUGGCAUAUAAAUCCAUCAUCCAUUUAAAUGAAAUAUAGAUGAUUAUCUGAGCCAGCAACAUGUUGUAGAUGAAUGUUUAAUGGAUUAGUAAUGAGACUAAUACAGUGGGUUAUUAUAGAUUUCAGAGCAUUGCUGGUAUUUGUGUGAAGCAACUCCAAACCGUUUUAUUCUACACACUGUAUGAUAAUUGAAUUAACUCUAAACAUCAGCCAGUGACUGUUGAAAAUUUGCUGUCAUUGGGGAUUUUAAAAAAAAAUUGUUUUCAAAGGAUCUUUGUGAUUUCAGCCUUCUGAUGGCUGAUAUAAAGCCAAAUAUUACUGAUGUGACAUCAGUCAGUCUACUUAUCACUAUAGCUCACUUUUAAAAAAAUGUAUUUGAAGAAUAUUUGAAACGUUUCAUUUGCUUGUCCACAUCUCCAGCAGAGGCACAGCAAACUGAACAAAACGAACCAGUAUCUUGAAGAGCUGGUAGUCUGGGAACAGACUCACCUCUGCAGCCAGCCUCAAGUGGCCACUCUAGGAUCCACAGUUUUUGACAGUUGUUUGUAAGCAUGUAGCAGGGGUUCUUGUUUGUCUCCAAACAGAAGCUGCUGCAUUUUCCCAGCUGAUGUAAAAGAGACAAAAAGAAUCUGGAAAAAUUGGUUGAAGAAAAAGAAAACCGCAGCAUAUCAUCCACUGAACAGAGAGGAUGAGUGGCUGCAACCUGCCACCUUAAAAGACCUAUACGCCUUUAGGACACCCCCACCAGUUUUCUGUUACAUUGCACACUGUCUUAUUUAUACCUAAACUGAAAUUUUUGCACAAACAUCAUCCUCUCUUGCACCCAUACUUGCACAAAUGCACAGCUCACCAUGGCAGAUUUUGUAUAAAUCUGGAUUAGUGAUAUCUGCUGGGUCUCUUUUCAAUAAAAUUAUACUUUAUAAAAUACAAGCCUGAACAUCAUUAGUAUUUCUGCCUCUGAAACACCGCAGCAAACAGAUCAGUGUGUUUUACUGACUUUUCUAUGACAGCAAUUGAUUUUCUUCUUUCAGUCAAUGGCAGCCUUCACAAGGAAAUGGAGGCUCUCUCUGCCGUGCAGGAUACAUAUCCGCCACUGCAAUACAAUAUUGGCACGAUCUGUAUUAUGAGAAAGCCCUCAGGACUUAAGUAAAGCAUGCAUAUUAUUGAACCCGCUCUCCGGGGCUCAGCAGCAACCUACAACUUAUUGGUUUUGUAUGUGAACAACACCGGUCCAGCAGCUUACAACAUUUCUGUGGCUUGUGCAGUUCUGUUGCCACACUCUGUUGUGCAGUUUAAGCAGUUUCCUCAGCACAAUUAAGCAGUUAAUAUUCCAAACAAACCAGAUAACGUAGAGUCAGCAGAAGAGGGGCACAAGUAAACGAGGUCUCCCAGGACUGGACUGACUAAAAACUAAACUGUGUUUAUAUAAUCUGCUCUGCAAUACUGUGUAAUAUUGAUUAAAGGGCGAGCGUGUUGAAAUAUUGAUGAGAAAUCAGUAAUUCAUGUUGAUGCUGGAUUCGCGCUGAUCAAAUUUUGUGUGAAAAAAUGUACAGAAUCAGUCACCCUAUGAUUUAAAUAACUGAAUUAUUUAUUAGUGAGCUUUAUUUGAGUAAAGGACUUCUGACAUUAGCUUCUUUCAACACAUUAGUACAACUAUGUACUUUGAAAAAGUACAAAUUCAUCACAGACGAAUAAAGGGAAGAUCAUGAUUUUCUUUUCUUUAUUUUACUCUGGGCCAUGUUAGCUAGUAUCUUUAAAUAAAACAGCUGAUGGCGUACUUUAAUUUAGCUGCUUCAGUUUCUGUUUAAGGGUCUGGAUCCCUUACAGUUAGAUACGGGCUCUGAAUGUACCUAAAGUCAAAACAAAGACAGAUGAGGAUGCAUUUAUUCACUAUGGGGCUGCUCUGAGGAACAAGCUGACCACUGACCUGAAGUCUGCAGGAACUCUUAGGCUAUGUUCACACUGCAGGUCAAUUCUGAUUUUUAACCAUGUGUGACACAUAUCUGAUCUUUUCAUGUAAGUGUGUGCAAUUCUGAUUUUUUCAAAUCCGACCCAGGCCUCUUUUGUAUGUGGAUAUCGGAAAUGUAUCCGUUCAUUCGACCUAGACGUCAUCAAUAUGCGACAAACGUCACCAUUGUACGACAACACAAACAGGCCACUUCACGGAUGCAUUCCGUUCACAUUUUAUGCCGCAUUCAUUGUUGCAAUGUGAGCAACCACAGAAAAAGAUCGGAAUUAACAAAAAUCUGAAUUGUGCAUCAUUACCUGCAGUAUGAGCGUAGCCUUAGUGCUCUAAGAGUGGUCUUAAACACUGUUUGUGCAUGUGAAUGUGUGCAUGGCUCUUAUAGUGCUCUUGACAUAAUAGGACAGGGGCCAUAAAACCUUUACUUGAAUGCAUGUGAGUGAUAUGGUUUGGUGCAAUGUCGAACCGUUAAUGUGGUUUUUAUUCUUUGUAUAGAUCAUUUUAUUUGUAGUUAUUUUUUCCCCCAGUAAAGUACAAUAAGUGUGCAUUUGUAUGAAAUGUGUACCAUGAAUAAUAUGGAAUAUAACUACAUUGAAUAGCAUUGAAUGAAGUCAAACUGAGUCAGGAGUAUCAAUAUUUUCACAUUUUUAAAAUUUAAAAGAAAAGGUAAACUUUGGACCAACUUUACGAUCAACUUACAAUGGAUUAAAACAAAACUUUCUAGUCUGACAUUAAGUUUUUACCUCUGAGGCAUGUUACCCCACUUUGCUUUUCAUUUAAACAGACAAAACUCUGCCAAAUAUGAUAUAUGCUCACUUUCAUUCUUUCCUUGAGAAAUGCACCAGUGCAACAGGUGGGCGAUGGAGCUGUCAGUCAACCAGGAUUCUGAACAUGCCCACUCAGUCCUGAGAAAAGAAGCAAUUAGGGAGAAGUUAAAAAAAAAUGGGAUUUAAUUCAAAAAAGAAAUUCAUGUUUUGUCAUCAUACCUUAUGAAAACCUUUUUACUUUUACUUUUGCUUGUGAAAAAAAAGCCACAAACUGUGAAAUCAAAUUUGAUGAAAGUAGUGAAAAUGCCAGUUAUUUUUCCAGGGGUAAAGAAAUACUGGUCACACUUGCUUGCUUAGUCAAAAAAUAAUAAUCACUUAUACCAUACUUGAGCAUUUUGUAAAGCCGGUAGGCCUUCUCGAGUUGAGGAGGGAUAAGGGGGGUUGGCCUACCCCUGAAAUGGAAUGGUCAAAUUCAUCUCCCUUCUAAAACGGUCAUCCAAACUUUCCAUCCCUUGAGCGAUUUUUUUUGUCAGUGGAUGUGGAAAUCUUACUAAUAUUUUAACAUUAGAAAUAUUACCGCAAUUUUAACAUUUAGCGAAGCGGGUGUGACGGAGCGGCGUCACAUCCGCGUGGAGGCGCAGUAGGCCAACACGCCAGACAUUUCCCUCCCCGCCAGCGUCGCUAUUUAACCACUAAACCGCGCUACUUUACCUUCCCUCUUCUUUGUUUGAUAGAGUAACCAAAGUUGCACACUUUGAGCUCUAUCAGUUAACUUAAACAUACAUUCACACAGAUAUUCAUUCCUCCACUUACUUGCCGGGUGUCCAUUCACGCCAUCACGCCGGGUCAUGUUUCUAAAUAAGGAAACGGAGCGCGUGAUUUCCGGGUGUAAAGUAGGUGUGUAUGGAGGGUCAAAGUGGUCACAUGAUGCAAGAAAAAUUAUUUCCUUUAUUGCUUGCCAUAAAUCCUUAAAAUGUAAUACUCCAUUGAUUUUUGUUAAAACUGAGUUAAAAUGGCAAAAACUUACAGAAAAAGGUCUAAAGAUUAAAAAAUGGUUUAGAUGUGAAUAAAUAAGUUUUUUUUCUCCGAACUUAUGUAAUUGAUCACGCCCACUGGGAGGGGCUGGGGGGGCUAGGGGAGUUUAACAGAGGGCUCGAGACUGGAUUUUGUUGUAUGGAAGAUUACGGAACUACCAAACUGAUUUCUCUAGUGCUGCUGUGUUUCUGUUUUUUUCUCUUGAGUGAGAUUCUUGAGUUAUACUGGAAUUCUUGCCUUGUUGGCAUUUUCUUUUUUGCCUUGUGCAUUUUGUAAAUAGCAUUUGACAAUUUUUUUGCCCUUUUGUAAAUAUUUUUGCACUGCACCUUGGAAGACCGACUGUAAGUAAAUCCAAUAACCAUGACUGAGUUUUUUGCUAUGCCUGUGUGUUUCCACUAUAUCGUGAAUGUUUGAGCGUGAAUCUCGCGACAGGGGGCUUUGCACAUAUUUGGUAAAACACUUUGCGUGAGGUGGCACGUGUGAAAAUGAGGCUAUAGGCUGUAGUAAAUAGCCUAUAUAUAAUUUUGUAUUUCAGUGUUUUUUUUCUGUUUUUAACACCAUUAACACCAGAACUAUUUAAGUAUUAAGUAUUAAAAAGACAGAAGAAACCAUAAUGGAGCAUAAAACUUUGAGAUUUCUUCAUUUGUGCCCUCAGCCUAAAGGUUCAAGCUAAAAACCUAAUGGUUCCUACACCUCCCAUGGUGCCAUUCAAUAUCUUUCCAUUAGUAGUUUUCUGGGUUAGUCUCUAAGCUGCUUUUUCUUGGCCUUUUAAGCAGCUAAUUUUCUCUUGUGCUUAUUAGUCAUAUAUUUAAUCCACACUCUGCAUAGGUGCAGCUACUUACUCAGUGCUUUUUUUCUCUCCAGUCGGCUCACUGCAGAGCAAACCUGGUAGUUUACAGUGUGACAUUAUCAGAUUAACCAGCAGGUGACAGUGUUCCUCCUGUGUGGGCCUCAUGUGGACAGGUUCACACACUGAUGAAAUGAAGCUUUUGACCUAAGGGAAACACUGCAACUGAACACCGUCUCCACAAACCAACUGUUUCUUGGUUCACUGCCAGCAAGAAACAAAAUGCAAAUUAUAUAAUUAGUAUUCUGCAAACACAACAGCCUGUUAACUCUAUACAACAGAAAUAUUCAGUGGAUGCAAUUAAAUGCUUCCCCCCCAAUAUCAGAGAUAAAAAUUACCAUACAAUAAUACUUAUCUUGUCUGUCACUAUUAGAAAUCACCGCACGGAUACUCGAGAUACAUGAUUUUAUGGUGAAUUAAUCUAAUAAGAUCUGAUUUUACAAUGAGGCACUUCACAUUUUCAACUUGGUAACAUAAUUGGGUAAACAUGUUGCAAUAAGGAAACAGUGAGUUCUCCCUCACAGCCUUGUGUGCAGAAAUUGCUGCGUGCCAAGCAGUAGGUGUAAUACCUUAAGUCCUUAACUUUUGGUGUUAUGUAAACAAAGAUGCUUUUUCUCUUCAAGCAAAGACAGAGAAACAGCUUUGUUACACAGACAGCGUGUGUGUAACAAUGCGGAUGGCUGGGAGUCGGUGUGCGAAAGAGGCAUUAAAAAACUAUUGCCAGAAAAGUUGUGAUGUGGUUAUUUGGCUCCUUGGCUGCUGUGUGGUUCGUGCUCUUUUUAUUUUUUAGUGUGGAUCAAAUCUUUGGAGAAUUUUUUUUCUUCCCUGUAACAGUCUGAAUAUCUUUCUGACCUCAUUCAAAGUGCAUUGAAAAGCUUCCCCCUGAACCGCAUGCCUCCUGCUACCUAGUUUGUUGCAGAAUCUCACAUCAAUGUAUUGAACUAAUGAAACUUCAGGAGAACUCACCCAUAUCAACCUGUUUUCUCUCCCCCGCAAAAUUCUGACAAGUCUCAUUUCUUUUUCUUUCAUGCUCUGCUUCCUCCAGAGCCAAUCCCAUGACUCCUGAAUCUUGCUGUUGUGGAAAUAAAAAAUUCAUUCUUUCCCCUCACCUAGUAAACAGCUAAAUACACCAGCUGGCUAAUAAGAGAGAAAGAAAAAAAACAACAACAAACAAGACACUGCAAGCAGAGAGAGAAAAAAAAGAAAGAAAAAGCAUGAGGAAAAUGUGAAAGGCUUAUGAAAGAGAUACAGUUCAACGUGAUGUUUGGACAUGAAGGUGUGAGACGUAGAUUGCACCUGCAAAUGUAACACAUUAUUCUGUGUGACAGUUUUCAGAUGCAUUCAGCACUGUGUGAAGGGAGGUUUUACUGUAACGCCAGCAUCUUAUUUUGAAGAGUAAAGCUCUGCAAAAUAAAUUCACAACCACUUUUGCUGUCAGUGCCAGUAGUCUGACAGAGCAAAAACAGAAAAACAGACCUGAUCAACAGAGAAUGUUUCCAAAAUAUAUUUCAAGGUGUUUUGAAAGCUCACGUACAAAACUAAUGUUUGUCAGGGGUGUGAAGACUGUUUCCAACUGAGGAGGCCAAACUCCUGAAAAAAAAUGGUUCAAAGUAUGUGUGCUUGAAUACCAGACGCUAGCAUUUAUUUACCCUUUUAACGCCCACUAAUCUCAUUUACUGAACUGAAUUUCACCUCAAAUUGGUAUAGCUAAAUGGACCCAUACAGAAAUAUAUAUAUAUGACAUAAUAAUAAUAAUAAUAUAUGACAUACAUGACAAUAGCCAUGUUUACAUGGGCAAAACUUCUUGAUCUGAUUGAAAAUUUGAGGGAUUGGAAAAUCUGAAUCCGCUGUAUAUAUGGGUGCAAAAUCAAAUAACCCAUUCAUAAUGUGUGUAUACCAAGCUUUAUUCAGAUUGGGAGCUUUUGGACAUACGCAGAGUAGUCUGGUUUCGCUAAAACACACACAGAGGAGGAGUUGUAUUUACACCUGUGCUGUCAACAAACCAACAAACGCGGUAGUGGCUCACUCCAUUCAAUUCAGGAUUUUUCCCAUUGUUAAAUGUUGUCACUAGAUGGCGUAUUUUAUUGUUCUGUCAAAGGUUGCACUGUGCGUGCAGAUGUGACAUCAUUACGCUGUAUGUACGCCUUAUUAUGUUACUGGAGGAGCAUGCGCAGCAACUGUGGUUGUGUUUUAUGCCAGAGUGUUAAUAAUGAAACCUCCCGUUCUGGCCUCAAUAAAUAAACCAAAGGCUAAAUAGUGAAGAUCGAGUCAGAUAAGACAGUCACGAUUGGAAUAAGUGUAUACAUGGACGCGUUUCGGAAUAAUGAUCAGCAUAAACCACCCCUCUUGAUCCAAAUACAGUUUCUUGCUGAUUAAGCUGAAUUGGAUCAGAAUCUUCCGAUCAGCAUGUUUACAUGAUGCUUUUUUAUUCCGAUUGAGCCUGUAUUCCGAAUAUUUGUGCCCAUGUAAACACAGCCGAUGUAUCAGGAGUAAUCUUACCAUAUAUGUUACACAUAAUGGCAUAUACACUCAUCAGCCACUUUACUGGGUACACCUGUUCAUUUACUUGUCAACACAAACAGCUAGUGGCAGCCUCUCAAUGUAUUUAGGCAUGUAGACCACUUGUUGAAGUUCAAACCAAACAUCAGAAUGGAGAAGAAAGACAAGCGGGUCUGAGUAUUUUAGAAACUAUUGAUCCUCUGGGAUCUUCACACACAACCAUCUCUAAGGUUCAUAGAGAAUGGUCUGAAAAAGAGAAAAUAUCCAGUGUGCAGCAACUGAGUGGAUGAAAAUUCCUUGUUGAUGUUAGAGUUCAGAGGAGAAUAGGUGGACUGUUUUGAGAUGACAGAAAGGCAACAGUAAGCCAAAUAACCAUUUGUUCCAACCAGGGUAUGAAAAAUAUCAUCUUCUGGAUGCACAACUGUCGAACCUUGAAGAAGAUGGGCUACAGCAGCAGAAGAAGACCACACUGGGUGUGACUCCUGUCAGCUAACAACAGGAAACUGAGGCUCCAAUCCAGACAGGCUCAUCAAUAUUGGACAAACUUUGCCUGGUGUGAUGAGUCUUGACUUCAGCUGAGACAUUCAGAAAGUUGGGUCAGAAUUUGGUGAAAACAGCAUGAAAGCAUGGAACCAACCUGUCUCCAGUUUAGGCUGCUGCUGGUGGUGUAAUGCUGUGGGGGAUAAUUUUUUGGUCCCCUUAGUACCAACUGAGCAUCGUUUAAAUACAAUCCUUCUGGAUCAGCAAAUGGAUAAUUAAGUGAGAUACUAAGAGGCUGCAGAUUCUCCACAGAAGCUGAAUUUAGUGAUUUUUUUCCCCCAACUGAAUUCAAAACCUUGCUUAAAAUACAUCAAGGUCGUGUUGUAAACAGCUCUGAGUACCAUUUUUGGAACAGUUCAGAAACAUUUACACAACACAUUUCAGUGAAUGUAAUGUAGUUAUUUGACAAGUAAUCUUACCAUGCAACAAGAGUUAAGAAGAAAAUAAAAUAUCUAAAAAAAACAUAAAAAGUCCACCAAGUAUAAUGGGCAUAAGGCAUCUAUGUCUCUUGUUUUGUUGUGUGAUGCCUGCAUACUGCAUUAGAUUGAGUCCUUGAAUGUUCUUGAUGACGUCUACAUGUUUUUUGUAGUUUGGCUAUACGAGCAGAGAACAACAGCAUGCAUGAAAAAAGAGAGAAAUGCAGAUUGGCACCAGCCCACAUUGCUUGCUAUGAGUUACCUUUAGCAUCCUUUACUAAUGCCUGCAACCCAAGAAAGACACCUUCAUAACCGCGGUAACUCCUGGCCAAUCAGAGCAUUCAUUUAUUUCACAGUUAAUUGACUGCACAUUCUCCGGGGAGUAAAAUUAAAAUUAAAAUUAAUUAAUCUUUCAUGCCUCUUCCUGAUUAAAUGAUUGAGAGAUCAUUAAUAAGGGAGAAGACAAAUUGGCAGAUAGUGUUAAUAGGAAAUAAAGAGGUCCUUUCAGUCAUGUUGUGCUGGCACAUGGACAUAUUUCAGUGGCCAGGACUGUCGUAACAAUGCCAUUCCAUGUUGAAAAUGAGCCUUCACAUCCAGAUUGUUGUUGUGUUUUCUUCUAUUCGGCUGCAUCCAUUCAGUGUGGUCUUGAAAUGCUUGAUGUACCAUUUGACAGAACAGCCAGUAGACAUGUAAGAGCAUAAUUUGCUCAUCAUAAUGGACAAAUAGGGGGCACGCCAGCUUCAAUCUCUGUCAUCUGGUGUGUGAUGGUUACUCUGUUCUGGGGGUCAUUUGGCGCACAAGAACAUUAAAAGGGACAUGAGAGGAAAUGCAUUUUAUGUGCGGUGUAUGUUCUAAAAAUUCUUCAAAUGCUCUCAUAAUGGCCUGCCAAACACUUCAACUACAUCCUGCAAUUUGAUUUCUAUAAGCAGCUGCUCAGUUGUUUGUGUUGAUGUUAGACAGAAGCAUCUUUUGUUUUUCUUCUUUUCCUAUCUCGUCCGAUCACACAAGUGACAGUGGUUAGAAAGAUAAUUUUACCCCCCAAUACUUUUCCUGUCAACAUUAAUUCAAAGUGCAGAGCAAUCCAGUAAAUCUUGACAUUAGAGUAAGAGCAGCACUCUUUCUUCCAGCUUUUAACCAAUUUCAGUCCACUGACAGAAACGGCUUUAACAAGGUUAUGAUGAGUGUACAGUUGAGUAUCCCGCUGAGGACACUUCACCUUCCCCCUCACGCUGCGUCCAACUCAUAGUCAUAUACUGGUGUUGUCUGCCGGCUCUUGCUGACAUUAACAAGAUAUGCCUUUCAAAUAUCAUGGCCUUUGGGACUGGGUCAGAGGAACUAUUUAUAGAAGGCCAGGACUUCAUGUUAGUUUGGCUUGCUGUGGCGAUAACUGAGAAUAGAGUUGGUUUAAAGAGCUCUGCUACAGCUGAUUUUGUGUCAGUUACUGCUGCGGGCACAUGAACAGAUGUGGUCCGCACAGACUCUGGAUCACUGGCUCAUACACUGCUUACAGUCCUUGAGGAGUAAUACACUGGCAUGGAAAUAUUAUAUGCUGCAGUCAGGCUGAUGGACUUUAAAGCAGGCUGGUGUUCAAGGCCUAAUCGAAUUUCUGCAUGACAAAGACUACAAAAUCAAAUGGAGAAAAACUCGCAAUCCCCCCCCCACCCCUAUGGUGUGGUAACGAGCGGAUUUUGCAGUGUUCUGCUUUUUUAGUCGCAGCAAAAGACAUUAAAAGGAAUGUCAUAUACUGUUAGCAUCUGUUAGCUAAGGCUCUCCUGCCAGCUAUGUGAGAGUAAACAAGUUAGCCACUGUAGCUGCCAGAUAUUAUCACCACAAGCAUGUGUUUAUCCUACAUAUCAGGCAAUGCUUUGCUAAGGCCAGCAGCAGACUAUGUUAUGUAAUGUAAAAAGAACAUUUUUAGAAUUUUUUGACAGGUUAGUGUUAUUAUUUAAAUCACAAAAAUGCCAGACUACUUAAAUCAUUGUCGGGUGUGUCGCAUUCAGUUAAAAUAAAAACAAAAAUGACAGUGGAAACUCAUUUUAGUUUGUAAGGAUAAGCUGUUAAUGCAAUAAUUUUCCACCCAAGAUGCAAUACCACUCUGCCGGUCUCCUGCAUGUGAACUUAUUGCUUCAUUUCUGUGUAUAACAUCAUUGAAAAACUCCAGCCUCUCUCUCUGACAGACACCCCACCCUUUCCCUUAUAUAUCCAAUCAGCUCCACCCUCCUCUUAAUAUUAAUAGCCUUGCCUUUAAAUCCCUGAACCUGAGCCUGUGGUGUGGGCGCCUCUCUCGCUGUGUGUCCGGUCUUACCUGCUGUCUGACUGUUUACAUCCUCUCAGAGCUUCUGUUAGUUUUGUCAACAUGUCUAAACCACUGUCCGACCACGAUAGGAAGAAACAGAUCUCGGUGAGAGGCCUCGCAGGUGUAGAGAACGUCGCAGAACUGAAGCAAGACUUCAACAGGCAUCUCCACUUUACGUUGGUCAAGGACAGAAAUGUGGCCACCAAGAGGGAUUACUACUUUGCUCUGGCUCACACCGUGCGGGAACACUUGAUUGGCAGGUGGAUCCGGACCCAGCAACACUACUACGAGAAAGAUCCAAAAGUAAGUACAAGACAGGACAACAAAUUAAGUCAAUGUCUGAAUUAAAAUGCAGUUAUCGUCUUGGCAAAAACGGCAUAACAAAUGUUUCUUAUUUAUUCAUCAGAUGCAAAUAUGCUGCAUUGACUUGUCCACUACUGCAUAUAGUGGACACGGCUUUGGCAACAUGCUGUGCAAGAAACCUAAAUCUUGCACUUUUCCGUGGGAUAACUCUGCUGCUUCUACGAAUUGCAAACAUUUCUUUAAAAACAACUACUCCUUUCCACAACAGCAAGGUCUUUAUAUUCCCCAGCUGUACUUUCCAUAGCCUCAUGUCAGUGUAAUGCCAAGUCUUGACAUUUAAACUUCAGCGGGCUCUUCUUAGCACUCUGCUGGUAUGCUGCCUUUCUUACAGUGUGUUGAAACAUUACACCACUCCAUGACCUUCUGUUCCCAUCCUGUCUGACCAUAAAGCACACAGCCUUUUACUUGUGUCAUAUGAGCACAUGCCUCCAAGGACAUGCGAGUGCAUGUACAAGUCACAUAGUCUGAAAAAAAGAAAAAAACCUCAGCACAUGCAGUGUUACCUAGCAAUACCCAUAGAUAGAUUGAACAACAGGAGGCUAGUGUCACAAUUGCAAACCACACCAUAUCAUCGCUUGGAAAUGUCACAAAUCUGCAUGAAAUUGAAACCUAUGGUUCAGAGGUGAAACUCAUCCAAGAUUGCUUUCACUGUGCAGGAAAACAACCUAUUCAUGAUCAUAAACAGCUUAUACAAAUAAGGAUUCAAACUGAAGAACACCUGCACAUCUUAGCCAGAUUCUUGAUCUGCAGUUUAGAGAUGAUCCCCACAUCUAUUUAUCUCAGAAGGCAGACAACAUUUUACAUGUAAUAUUUAGAUAGUUGUUUGAAACUGUUUCAUGACAUGUUUAUAAGCUCUGCACUCCAAGUCAGAAACUAUUCCCCUGACUGAGUAACCCUGUUCUGGUACCCCAGACUGAAAGGUCAUAGGUCAAAGCCUCAAAGUUUGGCACAGAAACACGACAUUUAAUCCCAGUCUGCAGUUUUAAUGAUGCAUGCAAUCACAUUACAGUUACACAUUUUAUUGCAUUUCUUAUGCACAAGACUGUAAAAAAUAGAUCAGCAUGAUGAACAGAGAAAAAAAAAGGAUUGAAGUCUGAUCGGAUUUGGAUCAUAAAGUGAUAAAUAAUUCACCUGAUUCUGUUAGCUACUCUGUUACAUGGCUCUGUCUGUCAUAAUCAUCAUGACUCCCCUUGAUCCACCUCUCUUAUUUGAGACUUGAACCCCACAAUGAAAGGGUAUCGGGCUCAGGCUGACCUUUAUAGCGACCUCUACAGGAGUUAUUUUUGCACAGACAAAAAUGUUGGUGUUACAUAACGCCCAGAGCAAUCUGUCCCCCAGCCCCUCGUCUCUAUUCUACUCCUCCCCUUCGCCUCUCCACCUCCGAAUCGGUCUGCCCCUGCAUGUCGGAGCAAAAAAGAAACAACUAAAUGGCAAAGGCUAAACACAGGCUCAGGUGGCACAUCUCUAUGCAGGCCCUACCAGGACACUACAUCAUCUAACUCAACGAUUUCUUUGACAGUCUGGGUAGCAUUUCCGUGAUAUAUUCGGUGUCAGAUUUCAUUGCUUUUCGGAGAACCAGCCCAUAACUAUGCCUACGAAAUAACCUUAAAAUAUUUCAACAGCAUCUCCAUGAUCACUUUGUCUGAUAUUGAUUCCUCACUUUCUUCCCUCUCUGCAGCGAGUUUACUACAUCUCCCUUGAGUUCUACAUGGGCCGUACCCUCCAGAACACCAUGGUCAACCUGGCGUUGGAGAACGCCUGUGAUGAGGCCACAUACCAGGUCAGGAGAAAAAAGGCCUCAUCUAUGUGUUCACAAUUUCUUCCUUCAAACAGACUCUCUAAGUCUGUUUUAUGUUCUGUUGUUGUCUUUAGUUGGGUCUGGAUAUGGAGGAACUUGAGGACAUGGAGGAGGAUGCAGGUUUGGGAAACGGUGGCUUAGGUCGCCUUGCUGGUAAGCAACCUUACACCCUUCAUAUCUGAUUUAUUCAAGGUUAUAUACACUCCUGUUGGCUGACUUUAAUAAUGCAUAAUCUCAUGCAAGAGCAAGUCCAAGGUUCAUCUGCUUUUUUCUAUCUGGUUUUCAGCCUGUUUCCUGGACUCCAUGGCCUCACUGGGUCUGGCUGCAUACGGCUACGGUAUCCGUUAUGAAUUUGGUAUCUUCAAUCAGAAAAUCGUCAACGGCUGGCAGGUUAAAAUAAUCCACUCCUCCUUUGUGCUCUAAAAAAAACCUGCACAAUCUUGCUCCAGUGCUGCUCGAGCAGCUGCUCAUGUUUCUUUUCCACCUUAAAUCACCUUCUGAGUUUCCUUUAUCAUUAUUUUACUCCGAUGUUCCUUGUCAUUUUCUGUGCCUGGCAGAGCUUAGAAGCCACUCAGCAGCAUAAUGAGGGCUUUUUCCCUUCAGUAUAAAUGUGUGUCAUUACCCAGGUUGAGGAGGCCGAUGAUUGGCUGCGCUUUGGCAACCCUUGGGAGAAGGCUCGUCCUGAGUAUAUGCGCCCCGUGCAUUUCUAUGGCAGGACGGAGCAUCACCCCGACGGUGUCAAAUGGGUCGACACUCAGGUGAAAAUAUGGUUUCAAGAAAAUUAUCAUUAUUAGAGUGAGGUAGAUUAAAUAUCUAUCCAUGCCAUUUCUUAAUCCUUGUCUGUGUUGAUUCUGGCAGGUGGUGCUGGCUCUGCCAUAUGACACCCCCAUCCCUGGCUACAGAAACAACAUUGUCAACACCAUGAGGCUUUGGUCUGCCAAGGCGCCCUGCGAGUUUAACCUUAAAGACUGUAUGUGUCCAGUAAAGAUCAAACAUUUGAGUCAUGUAGUAGCUUCAAAUAAGAAUUAAUAGAAGGAGUUUGUGUUUUUUUUUUAAAUCUCUACAGUCAAUGUUGGUGGCUAUAUUCAGGCUGUGCUGGACAGGAACUUGGCUGAGAACAUCUCCCGUGUGCUGUAUCCCAAUGACAAUGUAAGAAACAUGAAUACAUUAUCUUAUACAAAGGCCAUGCAUGUGUAAACUUGGAUUAGAGGAAAGUGCUGAAGGUGGAUCAGUAUAGGGGCUGUGUGCUGGACCGUAUGGCUCCUGUAUGUCCUGAGGGUUUAUCUUAAUUCAGCAAAGAGACAGAUUUCCAUAAUUUGGACCCAAGCCUGUGUCCUUUGUCAUCAGCUGGAGCCACUGUGUGCUCUUUCAGCUUCCGUUAAAGCUCUUUUAUAGCUGACGUGAAGACUGACCACUGUGGAAUAACUCCCUGAAGGCUCAAGGAGGAGGAUUUAGGAGAUAACCAUCGAGCUGGAGCGAUUACUCAUGUCAGGUGUGGUAAUUUAUGUGAGCGCAGACACAUAGCUGGACCAGAUAUUCAAAGGUGGUCGAAAUACAGUUCACUAACACUUGUGUAUUUAUAGGGUGUCACAGCCACUUAUUCUAACUGGUUGCCAAGUUUUUCAAAAUAUAGUUGACCGGUAGUGCACAAAGAAAACUUCAUUCUGCGAUGCAAACAUCUCAUGCAUUUCAUAAUGAGAUGUCACAUUAUUUUAAAUCACAUUUUAUCCUUAUACAAAGAAAAAAUACAGCCUGGCCUCUCUAAACAAAACCCUCCUUUCGCCACAUGUCAGAGCCAAGGUCACCCCCUUCCCUGUGGUAUUCCCUAUCUAAGUGGUUGACAGUUACCCAAAGCAUUGACUAGAGGAUCUAGGAGUCAACUUGUCAAGUAGUUGGUUAAAUUCCUGAUGUGCAAGGGAAUUAUCACAGGGGGAGCAAGUGGGCCUUUAUUGUUUAUUUAAGUUACUUGUUACAAAAAAUGUUUAAAAAGCUAUGAUAAAUAAUAUAAAUACAUUAAAAUGAAAUUAACUACCCAUAGACUGUAUAGACUAUGGACAACUUGGUUCCGCCUUCCGCCACUAUGCUGAUUUGAAGCCGAAAAGCUCUCGGUAAUUCUGUGUUUUUUCUCCACUUCCUGAAACCAACAUUGCACAGUAGCGUUGUACGCAUUCGGCAGGAGAGUCGCCGAGAGUCGCUGUGAUGACGCUCAGCUCAAACAGCGUAUUCCCUGGGUGAGCUACGUAAUCUCCCAACGCUCAUAGGCUGUAUCGAGUGUCAAUCAUAGAAAACAUGAACCCCCUAAUAACUUUUAAAAAUGGAGCUGUACAGAAAAAAACGACGAGCACAAACCAGUCUUACAAUAACUACAUGUCAACAUCGCAAGCAGGGGAGAGAGAAAUGUAUAUUCUGUGUAAUAAAUUUCUUAAGUUUGUCCACAGUCCCGUAAGGACGGCUGGCGGAGGCGGGAUUUAUGACCUAUACUGCAGCCCGUCACCAGAGGGUGCUGUUCUAAGGUUGGCUUCACCCAGCGAGGAGGCAGACAAUGUCCAUUCUAUAUACAGUCUAUGGAACUACCCCAGAUAUCCAGCUAAUUGGAUUGCAUGUAACAUAAUGCAUCAAUACAUUACUAUAGAUUUCAACAGUUGCAUAUAUAGAUUUUGUAACAUCAUCCAAAAAACAAUAAACCCAAUUAUGAGUCACCAAAAGUCAAUAAAGUCAGGUUGAAUCAGCAUUUCUAAUAUGGCUUCAAAACCUCUAAUGACUCAAGUCUCCGAGACUACAUCCAUGUGUUAUACAGCCUACAGCUCAUGAUGCUAAUGGACUGAUGCAGAUUUGUCAGACGGUCCUCUCCUUCAUUUUGUUUCAUGACUCGACUCUUCGUUAGCAGCAAGCAUCCUGAACUCUAAAUGAAUUGUCUGUGAUUGAAGGAAGACGGGAUUGAAUUCCCUUGGUCAUCAUCAGUAGCAAAAGCAAUGCCAUCCAUAAUCAGCUGAUUACCACAAACUCAAUAUAAACCCAGUUGAUUUGAUGCAUUGGUGCUAACUCAGAAACAAUUCCCUAAGUUGAAACGAGGAAAGUGCUUAAGUAUUAUGUGCUUGUUUAGUGUAAUGCGACAGCUGGGGUCAAACGUAAACAGAGCAUGAUCAUGUGAAUAAACCAAUUGUGUGUUCAGAGGCUGAAUUCUCCAGUCUUAAACAUUAGGAAUAAUUGUUGGCUGUACUUCAUGUAGAGGUGCAGCAGCUGUGCCAAUUCUCUUUUUGUAUAUAUUUUUUUUCCAGUAAUUACAAUGUUAAGGUAUAAUUUCUCUGAGUGGAUAACCGCUAUGUAAUGCAAAGGCCAUGUUUAAAGAAUAAAAGAAACUAUUCAUGUUUGCCAUCAGAUCAGACUCAGUCAAAUAUGGUUUUUCUUCACAGUUCUUUGAAGGGAAGGAGCUCCGUCUGAAGCAGGAAUACUUUGUGGUAUCUGCCACCCUGCAAGACAUCAUCCGCCGCUUCAAGGUCUCUAAGUUUGGCUCCAGGGAGAUCUCUCGUACAGACUUCAGCAAACUGCCUGACAAGGUGAGGCAAAAAAUCUCAACAAAAUAGUUCCUGUCAAAAAUGAAAAGAUUUCCCUCCAAUGUUCUCCUAUGUUGCUGUGGUUAAAUUGCCUUUGUCGUUGUGUUGAACAGGUUGUGGGUGGUUUUCAGUGUAUUGUAUGAGAAUAGUUGAAGUGAACGGGCUCUACAGAGCGCUUUAUGGUGUGUUGUGACUCUGUGGUGACAUUAAAUAUUGUUCUGCAUGUUCAGGUUGCCAUCCAGCUGAAUGACACUCACCCAGCCAUGGCUAUUCCUGAGCUGAUGAGGGUCCUGGUUGAUGAGGAGAAACUUGAGUGGGAUAAGGUAAGAGGAAAAAAAAAAAAAAGAGGCGGUUCCUGUUUUGAUCUUUAAGUCUUAAUCUUCUUUUAAAAUCCAGAUUGGAUUUCAUUGAAUGGUUUAAUAUGAUUUUGACUAUCUGGCAAGAAAUUAAUAUCCCAUUUCAUAGACAAAAGUAAUAGAGCACAGAAGAUGCAUUGUUUUGAUGAUUACAAAAGCUCAUAUUUCCUCAUUUAUUGCAUGAUAGAAUAUUCAUGUUUUAUGCAUCCCCUGUUUUUUAGGCCUGGGACAUCUGUGUGCGCACCUGUGCCUACACCAAUCACACUGUUCUUCCUGAAGCUCUGGAGCGCUGGCCAGUCGAACUGUUUGCUCAUCUGCUGCCACGUCACCUGGAAAUUGUCUAUGAGAUCAACCGUCGCCACCUGGAGGUCAGUGCCGCACAUUGCAACGCUUUAACACUUCCAUGUUAUGUUGCCUACAAUAAACACCUUUUUAAUGAAAAGCAAAAGAAGCACUCUCAGGAUGAAAAAACAGUGGACUGAAAACAUCUCAGCCUUGAGUGUCUCUCUCAGCUCUUUUUCACGUAUUCAUGACCAAAGAAAUUGUUAACAUUUUCACUAUCUGUAAACACCUUCUUGAAAUGGUACAAUGAGGGAUGUAAUUUCGUUGCAAUCCUUUCUUAGUUUGUCCCUGAUUGAAGGAGCAGCAAUUAUCGAAAUAAAUAAAGGGAGAACAAAUGAUUUAAAAAAAAAAAAAAACAAUAAAUAAAUCAAAAUAAGCUCAACAGCUUAACUGUUAUUGAACUAAACAAUUAGGUCUGGAUUGUAUGAGAGUAUAAAGAAAGAAGAAAGACUAUGAUUUCAGUCUGCUGGUAUUCCCGUCUGCAAUGAGUUGCAGUCUGUUAUAAAGGACUGAUGUUUUUCUUUUUUUUUUGUUCUGAAGAACUUCUCUAACUAACCCCUGAGCUCCCCCUUAUCUUUCACAGUUUAAGGGAAACACGACAUCCUGAAGUUACUGUGAGAUACAGAGCGCUUAAUUAGAUUUCUGGAAGAGGAGAGUCGACAUCUGCUAAUAAGAAAGCUUGAAUGUCUCACUUUCUAAAAGUGAAAAUAUUAUAUUUCUGAGGAGGACUAGGGGUCGCUAAAUAAUGAAGUAAAACGGCAGUUUUUGCAUAUUAAUCCUUAAAAAAUUAAAGAUAUUAAUAAUGGUUUUGGAUAAACUUUCAAACAAUCUCUAACAGAAAUUCAACAACUUUGAGUAUGAAUGGACCAUUUGAUUUCUGUUGCUUUGAGAUGAAGUGAAUCUGACACACCUGUCCUCCUUGCAACAAUCUUAGAGAAAUUAGCUCAGUCCAGGACUUGGAACUGUACGAGUCCAAACUGAGCGCAGAGAAAGCCUGUGUAGGUCCUUUUUCAGCCCUCUGCCAAACCUCCUCUUGUACAUGUGUUGCUCUACUCUCACUUCCAGACCCGUUUUGGUCAUGGGCCAUCAAUCAAGUAACUAAAGCCAACCAUAGAUCUUCAAGAUCAGCGACCUCUGUCUUUGGUUUAUCUCCAGGACUUCUUCCAUGCUUCCUUAAGAGGGCAUAUAGGGAGAUUUAGGGAAGUAGGAAACCGCCGGAUUUAAAAAUCACAGAAUAGGUGAGUUGCGAGAAGCCCGAAUUCCCCUGAAAAUCUCUGCAUAGCUGUAAAGACGUCAUCUCUGUGAGGAUCUUAAAGGCACUUUAUGCCUUUGAUGUCCCAAUGCCAAAAAAAGUAGCAUCUGAAUGUGAUGGGGGAAAUAAACGGUUCUUCACGAAAGAUGUUUGGAGGACACUGACAGGAAUUUGAAGUGGCGCCUAAAAUGAAAGCAGAUCUGAAGGGCGGAUCUUGUCAGUGAAGCUAGAGGGGUUGAGCGGGAGAGAAGAUGUAAGCAGAGCUUGGAGAGAAGAUAAACAGUAAGACUGCGCUUCUGAUUCACACCAUGAAGAUCUGAGCCAGAAAGUUUUCUCAUGAAUGUGCACUGACCAGAAAUACAGCUGAAACUACGAGGAGCUUGAUUAAGACUUUUUGCAAAAGUGAUUUAUGUGAUCCGUGGGAGUCUUUUUAAUCUAUGAGAACAUUCAAACCUAAUUUUUAAUACCUUUGAAGAAUGACUCUGGUGGGAGAAGUGGAGUACAAUGAAACAGAAGAGCUGUCAGUCGAACUUUCACUUUCACUGUUAUUUUAACAAAGCUUGACAGCUUUUAAUUAUUCGUCUCAGGAAUAAAUGCCAAAAUUUAUGGAGCUAGACAUUAAGUGGAAAACUGACAUAAAGACUUCAAAUUUCUUAAAAUACCAAAGCACUAACUGUAAAAAUCCUAAUUUUGCUGCAAGACUGAGGCAAGACACCAAAAGGAGGCGACACACAGACUCGGCAGCCAAAAGCAUUGUAUUGAAUUUCAAUCAAUAAUGUGACUUUUAAGCAAAGUAGGCACUUCACAGGCGUAAAGCAAUGAGUAAGUACAAUGUGAUGUGCGGUGGUGGGUGCAAGAGACAAAAUAAUGAAAAAAGACUGAGUUGGUUACAGAGAGCUGAGAGAGUGUGUGAGUCAGGGAGAUUUUGGAACAGAAAAUCCUGCGCCUGUAUGAAGCACGGCCCAAAUAUCCAGGUAUGAUUAAAUGACCCUCCUCAGGCCAACCAUUAACAGAUUCCCAUUAUCUGUUAAACAACCAGGCGGCCACAAUGACUGUGUGUGCCCAUCGAGAGAAAACAAAUUUAGGUGCAAAUACAUUUGCUCCUAUUCAUUGCUCCCAUUCUGCAGAUGAGGGACAAAGCUUUAGUGUCCGUCUUUUAACACUUUUUGUUUUACACUAAUUGAGACCUAGUCAUCAAUAUCCUAAAUUAAAACAACCCUGUGAAAGCUGAUUGGACCAAAAAGAAUUCAAUGUAUCCCAACAAAUAACCAGCAAUCCUGGGUGAAUGAUUAGGAAAGUUAGUCAUGUGUAAAAGUCUGAGUGAUGAAAAAGUAGAAGAACAAAAUGUUAAUCAUGAUUUUUCAUCAGAAUUAACUCUGACUGACCUAACCAAAAAUGUUUUGAACAGUCUUCAAAGGUUGAGCUCAUAAAGGCGUGGGCUAUGAUACACUCUGUCUCACUUCUCCAGGUGUGAAGUGAUGAUAAUUGCAUCAUCAAAAUUGCUGUUGUUAGUCAUUUGGCACUGCUAAAAACUUGUGUGGACCAACUUUAAAAGUGGGGUGUGUAACUCUGAACUAUUACAUUAUUCUGUCAAUCGACUGUCUUUUUUAUCUGCUCUUUUUAUGUGUCUGAAAUAAAAACUCUGUUGUAUCAAGCCCUGGCUGGGUAGAGGCAGAGGCUUGACCUCUCAACUAGACCUCUUACGUUUACAGACAUUGAGCCAAAUCAUGCAGAAUGUUAGCUUUGCAGCUAAUCUACAAACUAGCCAAAAUUGCAUUAUCUACUGUGUUAUUGUUUUUUAUGGCUUUGUGUCAUACCUGUUCUUAAAAAGCUUUUGUAAGGUUUUUCUUUACUUGAUGAGCUAAAAUGGGUUAAAAUAGGCGAGGGUGACCAUAUUCUGACUUCCCAAAAAGAGGGCAUGACUACGCGCGGGCAAAGUCACGGGGUCGCACUAAGUUAAUCUUGAGAGUUUUUCAGGUCAGAACAACCCAAAAUCGAAACUCUCGUACAAAACCGCGGACAUUUGAUUGAUUUUAUAAACUUCCCCGGACAAAGCCAGACAACCCCCCAAAAAGAGGACAUGUCUGAGUAAAAGAGGACGUAUGGUCACCCUAAAAUAGGCAUCUUAAAAACCCAUUGUAAAUGUACUGCAUGUCUUUGUUCUUUUUUGCAGAGAGUUGCUGCAAAGUUCCCCGGUGAUCAUGAUCGUCUGCGCCGCAUGUCUCUCAUUGAGGAAGGCGGACAGAAGAGGAUCAACAUGGCUCAUUUGUGCAUUGUGGGUGCUCAUGCUGUCAACGGCGUGGCCCAGAUCCACUCUGACAUCCUCAAAGCCACAGUGUAUGUGCUCAGAAUACACACUAAUUAGUCUGUGAUGCUGUAGACACAUUUCCUCAUCUUUCAAACAAAAAAUUUGAGCUCUGACCAACCAACUGGUCUAGAGGCAGGAAAACACUUGAAAACACUGUCAAAAUUAAGCACAGCCUUCAUAUCCUUCUUCUGGCAUUUUUUCACCAUUGUUAGAUAGUUAUGCUAAAGAGCGAGACAAGAAAAAGUAGAGAGUGGAGAGUCGGACUGGCAACUACUUCAAAGAGAGCUAAAGCUUUUGUAUGUGGGACGAGGACUUUAACUUCUAGGGCAAUAAGGGUUUGAUGGUUUGCUUAUUCUUUUAACCCUAUUUUUGAUUAGGAAUACUUUACCCAAACGGCAAUGUAUCAAAUGUUAAAAUGAAACUUGUAUCAUGUCAUGAAAUAUAUUACCAAAUUUUCUAUUUGAUGCCAGCAACACAUUUUCAAAAAAAUGCCGCAAAAAAAUACAAACAAACCCUGAAACAGUUUGGUGCUAAAAAUGCUAAUGCUUGCUGUCAGUAUACCUCUAAAAGCUAGAAUCUGUGAUGGUCUGGGACUGACUAAGUGUCCAUGACGUGGCUCUAUUAAAACUGAACAGCACAGGUUUGGUUCAGGAAUCACUUUCUGCAGUGAAUACAGUAGCAUGGCUCUGUAGUAAAAGAGUCUGGGUGCUUAAUUAGCCCGCCUGUAGCCCUGACUUGACACCCAUGUCAACAUUUGGUGUAUCAUAGAAAACAUAGCCUACAACAAAGAAGACCCUGAAGUUUUUCACAGCUAAAUCCAAAAAUGGGACAUUUCACUGGUGUACCGCAUGACCGAAUGUACCACAUUACAUACUAAUCAUGGUUGACUUCAAUCUGUGUUGUCUACUGAAUGUUGUCUGUUUCAUAAAUCUCCAGGCAUCAUGGUUUCAAGGCUGUUUUCAUAUUUGUGAUGCUACUGUCUGUCUGCAGUUUCAAGGACUUCUAUGAAAUGGAGCCACAUAAAUUCCAAAACAAGACCAACGGCAUCACUCCACGCCGCUGGCUGGUUAUGUGCAACCCUGGGCUGGCUGAGGUCAUCGCCGAGGUCAGCAGCGUUUCACACACACAAACAGGCGCACAAACAUACCCAACAAAUAAAAUUGGAAGCUGAAAAAUCCUUUCAACAUUUUCUCACUUUCUUUUUCUAGAGAAUUGGAGAGGACUUCAUCCGUGACUUGGACCAGCUGCGAAGUCUCACCGAGUUAGUGAACGAUGAAGCUUUCAUUCGUGAUAUUGCCAAAGUGAAGCAGGUAAUUACAGUGUUGUAUCCCUACUUUUCUUGUACCAAUUAAAAGCAUCAUAAUGAAGAUAAGCAGAUACUUGGAAACAGACUUGUUCUUUGCUGUAGUCAGGUAUGCUAAUCCAGGCGGGUGCUGUUUGAAAUCACAAACCCCUGAGGAGAGGUGUCGCACAUUCAACUCUAAGCAAUCUGUACCUCUUAAAGAUAACAAACAGACUGCUUCAUGGUAUACUCGGUUCACAAUCAGGCAGCAGCUCUUUACAAAGAGCCGACCUGCAGAGCUGUUUGUUCCUCUGAGAUCAAUGUCAAAACCUCCACUAAGAGCUUUUCCGGCAGCCUCUGCACUAGCAGCCGACAUCAUUAAAGUCAAGGAAAUUAUUUUCUUUGACACUUGGCUCGUGUUUUUUCUUUCUAAAUGUUUCUUUUUUUCUGCUUUUGAAUAAUAGCUGAGGUUAUUUUCUCCUUUGUAAUAAAGUUGAUAUGUUGAUAACGCAGGAAAACAAGCUGAAGUUUGCUGUGCACCUGGAGGAGCACUACAAGGUGAAAAUCAACCCCAACUCCAUGUUUGACAUUCAAGUCAAGAGAAUCCACGAAUACAAAAGACAGCUGCUCAACUGUCUGCACAUCAUCACAUACUACAACCGUAAGUAUUUGUUUCAAAUAUUCUGCACGCUUUAUGCUUAAAUUCAGAACUUGAAUUCUUAAAAGUGCUCUAAACGCAUCCAAAACAAUAAAAAAACAUCUCUUCAUUUCUCCUUCCAGGCAUCAAGAAGGAGCCCAACAAGCAGUGGACUCCAAGAACUGUCAUGAUUGGAGGGAAGGUUUGUACUAGAGCAGCACGAAGCUGGGCUUUGAUACUCACCCUCACAGUUUUAACUCUCUCAUUUUCUUCUUGCACGCAGGCUGCUCCUGGCUACCAUACUGCCAAGAUGAUUAUCCGUCUGAUCACAGCCAUUGGUGAGGUGGUCAACCAUGAUCCCGUGGUCGGGGACCGCCUCAAAGUCAUCUUCCUGGAGAACUACAGAGUCACACUGGCAGAGAGAGGUGAGUUCUGAAUCACUGACCUCUUCCUGAGCUUUUCUUCCCACCAUUACUACCUCGACUCCGUGCUUGUCAUCUUGAUCGUUCCCUCCCCUGCAGAUGGCCUCACUCCUGAUUUUUUUUUUCUUUAUGCACCACACAAAAUGCUUAUUAAAGCCAUCAACCCUCUCCUGUCAUCUUUCAGCCAUCCCUGCAGCAGACCUGUCAGAGCAGAUCUCCACAGCAGGCACUGAGGCCUCUGGCACCGGCAACAUGAAGUUCAUGCUGAAUGGCGCUCUUACCAUUGGUACCAUGGACGGGGCCAAUGUAGAGAUGGCAGAGGAGGCCGGCGAGGACAACCUCUUCAUCUUCGGCAUGAGGGUGGACGACGUUGAUGCACUUGACAAGAAAGGGUAAGAAGAAAUGCACCUUGACACAUCCACAUAUUUCUCUGCACUUGGUCCCAGUCUUGGAAAACAGUUAUUUGUAAUAUGUAUCAUAGAAUCUGAUAACAUUAGAUAAUCUUAUUUUUAAUCCGGAUGAAAUCUCAAGUAUUAGUCAGUGGAAACUUGAGGACUGGGAGAACUCAGGUCCAAAGAAUAGGGAGAGCUUACAUAGUUAUGACAGGAUCCCACUGAGCAAUAGACGGCUAUUAGAAGUCUAGUUUUUUUAGACCUAAUUUCAAUCGUCUAGAUUCUGUAUAUUUUUAGACAGAAUUUAGAUGUUGCACUUUAACCCAUUAUUCAAUAACUAUUUAUUUAAAAAAGCAAAUGUGAGUUGCAUAACUGAUCUCCAAGUACUUAACCAAAAUAAUUAUAAUAGCCGUUGAGAUCAAAAUGCUCAAUGGGCUGUUAGACCUCUGUUAGCCGGCUGGUCUACAUUUAGACAUGUAAAAAAAAUGUUCAUUUUUAGACCUGUGGUAGCCUGAUUUUAGACCAGUCGUCUGAGCUACAUUUAGACCUCUAUUAGACCUCUUUUAGACCAAAAAUGCUCAGUGGGAUUAAACUUUUUUGAAUAUUCAACUGCUGCCAUUUCUAAAACAAAGUCCACCCAGUGAUUGUUAUUAAAGUGAACAUUGCAUUUCUAUGAGGUUUGAGUUGUGAUCACUUUUAACCCAAAGUGUUUCUUCAACCCAUGCUGACAUGUUCCCCACUGACAGGUGUGGCCUGGUUGGUGCCUCUGAAUAGACUCUGAUUGCUUCAUUCAUUCAUAAAGGGGCCAGUUACCACAGCAACAGACGUGUACUUCUGUAUUUUCUAAUUGUGUGUAUUAUUUAUUUUCCACCUUGCUUAGAUACCAUGCUGAGGAGUACUACAACCGCCUGCCUGAGCUGAAACAGGCUAUUGACCAGAUUGCCGGAGGCUUCUUUAGCCCAAAGCAGCCUGACCUGUUUAAAGAAAUUGUCAACAUGCUGAUGCAUCAUGACAGGUAAAGACACAUCUAACAUCAGCAGCCGGAGGGGCGCGCAGGGGAUCACAUACAAAUAAGAACAUGUGUAAACUUGAACGCUGGCACUACAAAAGAAAAGACAACACAAAACUUGUUGCACAGAUCUACAGCGCUUAACACAUAAACACGGACACAUCUACAUGUGAAUAUGUCUUAGGGACUUUCUUCCUUGAGUUAACUGCAUUUCUCUCUGCACAGAUUUAAGGUCUUUGCUGACUAUGAAGAUUAUAUUAAAUGUCAGGAGAAAGUCAAUGCUCUUUACAAGGUAUGUUCAAUAAAAAGGAAUGGCUCCAUGAAGGUCUUAUAAGCUUUUUAUUACUAUUAAUUAGAAAAGGACUCAGUGCUACAAAACUCAUCAAUUCAUUACCUUGUAACUCACUUGUCAAUUAUUUUCCCACCAGAACCCCAAGGAAUGGACCAAGACGGUGAUCUACAACAUUGCCGGAUGUGGCAAGUUCUCCAGUGACCGCACCAUUUCCCAGUACGCUCGAGAGAUCUGGGGUGUGGAGCCCACGCUGGAGAAACUUCCCGCUCCUGAUGACAAGCACUAAAUUAACUGUCGAAUAGCAGUCUCCAGCUCCUCACUUCAUGAACACCUUAGAAAAAUGGUACACACCACGCCUUGCUAAAGUCCCCUCAAAUUGAAGUCUACAAGGACUGGCAUUAAAUGCUUCCUGCAUGCUCCUUAUGUCUCACACAAACUCUUGGACCCACUAUGAGGACCCUUUUUAUACUAGCAUCUUCACAUUGUGAGGUUACAGAGUGGUGAAAUAAAACUGCAGAAGUCAUCAUCAACACAGAUGCAGGACUGGCUGUUUAUAGCAGCAGCUGCAAAGUGGAUUAAAGGGCUUUGUGGUGGGCUUUUUGAAUCUAACGGUGAUAUUUUUUUAUUCACAUAUACAGUGUUGUAUUUCCACUCAGAUCCAUUCUGAAUAAAAUUUGUUUUAAAAACCCAAA